AUGGCUGCGAUCGGUGCAGAUUAUAGCUUGCAGCUGAGUUCAGUGGACGAAAGGGCGAUGGAGUCUGAGGGAGAGGAGCCCUCGUUGAAUGGAGUUGCAAUGUAUCGGGAAGGGGCAGCCAGCAGUGAAUCAGAGCGCUCCUACGGUAAGUUCUGGCGCCAGUUUCGGCUACCGAACAAUGUCGAUCUCAACUUUGUGAGUGCCAAGCUAGAGGACGGUGUGUUGAUAGUGGCGCUUCCGAAGCUAGCACCGAAAAAGAUCAGGGGCCCCCGGGUGGUGAGCAUUGCCGGCGGAGACGAUGCAAGAGACAUGGAGAAGCUUCAAUGGAGCAGCAACGAAGACAAGAAGGUGGAUCUCUAA